CUCGCCGGCCGGGGUCUGAGGAGCCGAGCGGCCCCUCCUCGGCGGCGUCCGCUCUCCCUCGGCUCCCGCCCGCCUCCCGGCUCCGACCCUCCGGAGCCCGCGUUCGUUUCCCGCGCGGCCGUCGUGAGGCGUGUGCCCGCGUUCCCGCGUGGGUCCCGGCGAUGUCGGCGUGGGGCUCAUCGCCCGCGGUCCUGGGUCUCGCGUCCCGCCCGCUCCGCCUCCUCCUCCUGUUUCAGCUGGUCGCGGGGCGCUGGGGCCCGGCCGGCGCGGGGGGCGGCGCGCCUGGAGGGUUAGCUGAACCAUCCUUUGUUGCAAAACAUGAAGAUAGUUUGUUAAAGGAUUUAUUUCAAGACUACGAAAGAUGGGUUCGUCCUGUGGAACACCUGAAUGACAAAAUAAAAAUAAAGUUUGGCCUGGCAAUAUCUCAAUUAGUGGAUGUGGAUGAGAAAAAUCAGUUAAUGACAACGAAUGUCUGGUUGAAACAGGAGUGGAUAGACGUAAAGUUAAGCUGGAGCCCUGGCGACUAUGGCGGAAUAAAAGUUAUACGCGUCCCUUCAGACUCUCUCUGGACCCCAGACAUUGUUUUGUUUGAUAAUGCAGAUGGACGUUUUGAAGGGGCCAGCACGAAAGCGGUCAUCAGGUAUGAUGGCACUGUCACCUGGACUCCACCGGCAAACUACAAAAGUUCUUGCACCAUAGAUGUCACGUUUUUCCCAUUCGAUCUCCAAAACUGCUCCAUGAAAUUUGGUUCUUGGACUUACGAUGGAUCACAGGUUGAUAUAAUUUUAGAGGACCAAGACGUGGACAAGAGAGAUUUUUUUGACAAUGGAGAAUGGGAGAUUGUGAGUGCAACGGGAAGCAAAGGAAACAGAACGGAUGGCUCCUGCUGGUACCCUUAUGUCACCUACUCAUUUGUAAUUAAGCGUCUGCCUCUCUUUUACACCUUGUUCCUUAUUAUACCCUGUAUCGGGCUCUCGUUUUUAACCGUGCUUGUCUUCUAUCUCCCCUCAAACGAAGGUGAGAAGCUCAGUCUCUGCACGUCAGUCCUGGUCUCUCUGACUGUCUUCCUUCUGGUUAUUGAAGAGAUCAUACCCUCGUCUUCCAAAGUAAUACCUCUGAUUGGAGAGUAUCUGGUGUUCACCAUGAUUUUUGUGACGCUGUCAAUCAUGGUGACCGUCUUCGCUAUCAAUAUCCAUCAUCGUUCUUCCUCAACACACGAUGCAAUGGCACCUUGGGUCCGCAAGGUAUUUCUCCACAAGCUUCCCAAACUGCUGUGCAUGAGGAGUCACGUAGACAGGUACUUCGCUCAGAAAGAGGAAACUGAGGGCGGUAGUAGACCAGAGUCUUCUAGAAACACAUUGGAAGCUGCGCUUGAUUCCAUCCGCUACAUUACAAGACACGUCAUGAAGGAGAAUGACGUCCGUGAGGUGGUUGAAGAUUGGAAAUUCAUAGCACAGACUGCCCUGAGAACAUUUUACCUGCAUGACUGAAGUGAUAGCUGACUGAGCCUUUGAGCUAAAAAUAGCAGCAAAAUGUUAUCUGAACUGUACUAGUGAAAACCUAAUGUUGGUGUCCUGGCAAACAGUACCAAUUCGUAAUCAACGUGAAGCUCAUCUUUUGAUUGUAUUGGAAAGUUCCUGUUGUAUUUGAAGACUGAUUUCAGAACUUUUUCUGCAUUUGGUAAAGGUACACAUUUUAAAUUUCUUUCUUUCUGUCCUGUAUCCACGGAGUAACAGCUAAUCUCUAGCAUAAUAUUAUACUGCUAUGUUAAAUAAGCUAACUCCUUGGUAUGAUAAUUUAAUGUGAUGCUGCUUUUCUAUAACCAACAUUGUAAAAAAUGAAAAAUGGGAAUUCCUUUAAAGCUUACUUUAUUUCUUAGAUGCUUAAACUGAACAAUUAUUGUAUUAACUGUUUUUGUAGCUUACCUUCAAUUGUAAAAUCACACAAUAGGUAACUUGUGGACAUGCACUAGUAUCUUCUUAACAUUAAUUUCAACCCCCUUAUCCACAUUUUCCACAAUUAACCAUCUCCUAUAUAAACCGUAGCAUUUCUGUACCCUUCAUCUUACAAGGCGUCCUCUACAACUAAGUGAAUCCCAUUUUAAAAACAUGUCCAUGGAUGCCACCAAAUCAUACUGUGAAAAACCAUCUUCCAAGAUUAAAGAUGGUUUCUAAUUAGGUGGAAGCUCAUUGUCACAUGGCUGUCACGUAUAGUUCCAUCUCCUUCUUUCCAGCAGUCACAGUACUGGAGCCAUAGAGUUGCAGGGCCUCUAGGUGUGGUGCAGUCUCACCGAUUACUGCUCAUUCAGGACCGUAGUGGCACGCGUCACAGGUAAACAAGUGAGAUUCCAUCUCUGAAUGCCCUGAUUCAGCUACGAUCAGGAAUAAAACACGGUUGAAGCUCUGCAUUUUAUCUGGAACUCUUAGCCCUUGAGAGAACAAAUGCCUUAUUUAUAGUAAGUAACCCAUCUAAGGUCAGGUCAACACUCUUUGGAAGGCAGAGGGGAUCCUGUCUCAUUUGUAUUUUAUUGUAGGUACAUGUUUAAUGUCAUUUAAUGAGUGAAAGUCUGGUUUGAUGAGUUUAAAUGCCUGUUAGAUCUCUUAGCACGUAUAUAUCCCUGAUUCUUCUUCUACCUCUGUUACUGUUACUUAAAAUUUCUAUAGGUGAGUAAAUUUUGUAGAAAUCUUCCUUUGACUUACCAAAACAUGAGUCACAGUUGGCUGCAA